AUGGUUUCCAAUUUUAUGGGGUUUCUCAGAGUCCUGGGUUACCUGCUGCUGUUUGGAUUGCAGCUCAUCUGCUCACAUCCUUCUACUGAACACAGAAAGGUCCCUCAGCGGAUGGCAGCAGAGGAGGACGCCUCCGAGGAAGGCGGCGUCCCAGGAGUGUGGGGCGCCUGGGGCCCCUGGUCCGCCUGCUCACGCAGCUGCAGUGGCGGCGUGAAGGAGCAGACACGGCCCUGCCUGCUGGGACCCCACCGCGCGCUCGGCUCCAGGCCCCAAACCCCCGCGCACGCCUUCGCGGGCCACGUGGUGUCGGCUGUGCGCACUUCAGUGCCACUGCACCGGAGUCCGGAAGAGUCUCGCUCCCCCGCAGGCUUCAACGCCAGCCGCCAGGGUACAGUGCUCCGGGGCAGCCGGCACUCGCAAGCGCGGGUGCGAGAACCCACCGCGGAGAGAAGGAGCAGGACCCGAGGUCCGAUCGGCCCUGGCAAGUAUGGUUAUGGAAAGGCCCCAUACAUUUUUCCACUGCAGACGGACUCUACACACUCAAUGCAGAGACUUCGGAGGCAGAGGUCCUCAUCCCGGCAUACCAGAUCCCAAGUGACAUCGGGUCUUAGCUAUGGCUAUAACCCUCCAGGUGGCGGGGCCCCCCACCAUGGACCUCUGUACCAGAGUGACAGUGGCCCUCAUUCUGGACUGCAGACCUCAGAGGCAUCCAUCUACCAGCUGCCUUUGACCCAUGACCAGAGCUUCCCUGUAGUUUCAAGUUCCUUGCACAGCCCAGAAACAAGCAGCAGCCAUGGCAUGGGGGCCCACAGUGCAGCCCUGAGCUUCGCUCAGCCAGCCCGGUCUGCAGCAAUCUCCUGCAUUGGGGCCUAUCGCCAAUACAAGCUGUGCAACACUGACGUGUGUCCAGAAAGCAGUAGGAGUAUUCGGGAGGUACAGUGUGCAUCCUACAACAACAAGCCAUUCAUGGGCCGCUUUUAUGAAUGGGAACCAUUUGCAGAAGUAAAGGGCAAUCGAAAGUGUGAGUUGAAUUGCCAGGCAAUGGGCUAUCGCUUCUAUGUACGGCAAGCUGAGAAGGUCAUUGAUGGCACCCCCUGCGACCAGAAUGGCUCGGCCAUCUGCGUGUCUGGGCAAUGCAAGAGCAUCGGCUGUGAUGACUACUUAGGCUCCAACAAAGUGGUGGACAAAUGCGGGGUGUGUGGAGGCGAUAACACAGGCUGUCAGGUUGUGUCAGGUGUGUUUAAGCACGCCCUCACAAGCCUGGGCUACCAUCGAGUUGUUGAGAUUCCCCAAGGAGCCACAAAGAUCAACAUCACUGAGAUGCACAAAAGCAACAACUAUUUGGCUUUGCGAAGUCGUUCUGGCCGCUCCAUUAUCAACGGGAACUGGGCAAUUGACAGGCCGGGAAAAUAUGAGGGUGGAGGGACAAUGUUCACCUACAAGCGUCCAAAUGAGAUUUCGAGCACUGCUGGAGAGUCCUUUCUGGCUGAAGGUCCCACUAACGAGAUCUUGGAUGUUUAUAUGAUACACCAGCAACCUAACCCAGGAGUCCACUACGAGUACGUUAUCAUGGGGACUAAUGCCAUCAGCCCACAAGUGCCACCUCACAGGAGAUCAGGGAAGCCCUUCCAGGGUCAACUGCUCCCAGAGGGGAGGAGUCAAGAGGCAGGAGAAGAGAAGGAACAGACUGAGAAGAAGGAAGACUUGCAUGGUGGAGCACCAAAAAUAUUCACCUCAGAAUCUGCACAGACCUUCUCAGCCAGGCGUCCAGAUAGAUUUUCUUCCCACUGGCCAGGCAAUUUGGUUCCACCAGCACCACAGCCCCCAAGACGAAGCCGAGAUCACAACUGGAAGCAGCUUGGGACCACGGAAUGCUCAACGACCUGUGGGAAAGGAUCACAGUACCCCAUUUUUCGCUGUGUGCACAGAAACACUCAUGAAGAGGUUCCCGAGAGCUACUGUGACUCCAGCAUGAAGCCGACCCCUGAGGAAGAGCCUUGCAGCAUCUUCCCUUGCCCAGCCUUUUGGGACAUCGGGGAGUGGUCAGAGUGCAGCAAAACCUGCGGCCUCGGCAUGCAGCAUCGUCAGGUUCUGUGCCGCCAGGUGUACGCCAACCGAAGCCUGACAGUGCAGCCCUACCGCUGCCAGCACCUGGAGAAGCCCGAGACCACCAGCACCUGCCAGCUCAAGAUCUGCAGUGAGUGGCAGAUCCGGACGGACUGGACCUCGUGCUCGGUGCCCUGUGGAGUGGGGCAGAGGACCCGAGAUGUAAAGUGUGUGAGCAACAUUGGGGACUUGGUUGACGACGAGGAAUGCAACAUGAAGCUCCGACCGAAUGACAUUGAGAACUGUGAUAUGGGGCCCUGUGCAAGGAGCUGGUUCCUCACUGAGUGGGGUGAGAGGUGUUCAGCAGAGUGCGGGGCUGGAGUGCGGACACGCUCAGUGGUAUGCAUGACCAACCACAUCAGCAGCCUGCCUCUGGAGGGCUGUGGGAACAACCAGCCAGCAGAGGCCACUCCAUGUGACAAUGGGCCUUGCAUGGGCAAGUUGGAGUGGUUUGCUGGGAGCUGGAGUCAGUGCUCCAUUGAGUGUGGCAGUGGGACCCAACAGAGGGAAGUGAUUUGUGUUAGAAAGAAUGCAGACACCUUUGAAGUGCUGGACCCUUAUGAAUGUUCCUUCCUAGAAAAACCUCCCACCCAGCAGUCCUGCCACCUGAAGGUUUGCGGAGCCAAAUGGUUUAACACAGAAUGGAGCAUGUGCUCCAAGAGCUGCCAGGGGGGCUUCCGGGUCCGUGAAGUACGCUGUCUGUCAGAUGACAUGGCCCUAAGUAAUCUCUGUGACCCUCAGUUGAAACCAGAAGAGAAAGAAUCCUGCAACCCUCAAGACUGUGUCCCUGAAGUUGAUGAAAGCUGCAAGGACAGAUACUACAACUGCAAUGUGGUGGUGCAAGCCCGCCUCUGCGUCUACAACUACUACAAGACUGCCUGCUGUGCCUCCUGCACUCGUGUGGCCAACAGGCACCCAGGCUUCCUGAGGAGCAGAUAA